AUGGCGGAAUCACCGGUGCAGAAUGGUGCGGAGCUCGUUACUAAUCAAACUACUGGCCAGCAAGCUGAAUCGGAUCUCGCGUCUCUCGUAUUCGAUAUGUCACAGCAAGUUCAGAUGGGGAUGGAGAACAUGCUCAAGUUGGUCAAUGAGAUAGAUCAAAGCUCUGUUGGAAUAAAGGAAGAGAUUGAGAAAUCGAAGGAUUAUGCAAUGGAGAAGAAAAGAGUUCUGGAGGAAGAGAAAGAACAGUUUCAGAAAGCUGCUUACACUAUCCUUGACAUGUUAAGCAACCGAGGCUAG